GUAUGUGAUAGAACACGUAUGCCAUAGACUGCACAGCGUCACAAAGGUAAGUCAUCAGGCAUCUCCGAACCAUCAUUCCUUCGCACCUUCCACUUCAAUCACAUCUUCCGAACAUCCAAAAAAACCCCAAAAGGACAUUUCAUGGCAUAAAAAAAACGAAUUUGAAUACGCUACAAUACCAACAAUUCUACGAAAUCUACCCCACCGACAAUGUCAUCCACAACAACAAAAACCACAAAAUCAGACCAUGAUCAGCCAGCCUUCCCAACCACAGCAAACAACCUCUCCUCCCUCCUAAAAUACACCUCCCACGCCUCUGGCCACGGUCUAACCUCCCUAGUCUCUUUACCCCCAGGUUCCCUCUUCGCACCUAUAACAUCCUACACCCCCCACCCCCACCCGGAAUGGCACACUCUCCAAGUAUCUCCAACAUCCCACAUCUCCCUCGACUCUGCAUUUACCUAUCUCAAUCACUCCUGUGCCCCUAGUCUGGAAAUCGACACUAGCAAAAUGGAAGUCAGGGUUUCUAGGGAUAGAGAGUUGAAAGAGGGGGAUAUGUUGAGUUUCUUUUAUCCUAGUACGGAGUGGGAGAUGGAUAGGGGGUUUGAGUGUUUGUGUGGGGAGGAGGGGUGUGUAGGGGAGGUCAAGGGGGCCAAGGAGAUGGAAAAGAGGGAGCUGGAGAGGUGGUUCAUCAAUGGGUAUAUUUGGGAUUUGGUACAGGAAAGGAAUAGCAAGACAGACAAGGAGGCGUAGAAGAGUCGAUGCGAGUAAGAGACAUUGACCAGAAUGGAGCAAGAGAGACUUGGAUGGAGAGCAGCACAAAACAGAUGGAAGAAGGGCCAAGAAUUGGUCUUGCUUGGUAUUGUCUGCUACUUGGUCUAUGUUGUCAUGAAAU